CAGUCCCUGAGCAAAAACAAACGAAGCGAUCCUAUCUGACCUGCCAAGCUGUCUACGGAUGGUGAUUGCCACGUUUAUGCCCAGUAUCCGACACCAUCACCGUCUACCUUGCAUCACCACAUGUUGCUUUACCAUGGUUCGACAAAACCAAAAACGAAAAAAAGACAACCCCGAGACACGGAUUUCAGGGUUCUGGCUCCAAAGAUCCGGGUCCCUCCUUGCCUGUGCCUGUGCCUCCCUCUCGUGCCGUUUCUUCAAGGCCCUGAUCUCGGCUGGAUCUGACCCAGAACGAUUUAUCCCCCGGUUAUCGUUUUCAUGCUUGGACGGCCGACGGAGGUGUGCUCUGCUUACGUCUCUUCACCGCGCUUGGCUGACUAGUCGAAGGUCGGGAACCUUUGUUGGUGGUGGUACGGCAUCCUCCCAGGCGCUCGCUGUACGGAGUACACUACCGCAUGGAACGCACAUGGGAACGAUCGGCCCAAACCCAGUCGCCUGGAAUAUUGACAUGGCGGGAUGGAUCCGUCAUCCACGAAUGGACGUGCACAUCCCGCAUCGCCCAUCGCCCAUCGCCCAUCGCCCGUCGCAAACGGUGCCGCUCCCAGCUUGUUCCCAGCCCGGUACGCACGAGGCAAGCAACCACCUCGAGCAGCAAGGCCCGUCUGGAUAUGCUAUGGCCGCUACCAGCUCCGCACGCGGUAGCCAUGCCAAGUCGAGCCCUGCUGAUGGUGCCCACCUUCAUCACCACCUGCCCUACCGCCAAAGGGCAGCCCGUUCACUACAGUCCUCUCUUUUUCUAGGUAGUCCUACUGGGAUGACAAGAAACGCCGUCCUCUUCCGUCUCGUCCCCGGGACCGGGGGCAAGUCCUGUUGGCUGGCGGCCCUGUUCUCCUACGCCUACUCCAGCAGCAUCUGGCCUCGGUCAUUGUUGCUACCGCUGGAAUUCUCGGCCGACCCCUUGACCGCUGUGCCUAGGAUGGCAUCCCAAGUUCCCAGCCGAGUUGCCAAGGUUCUUCGACGACGGUACGACACGGCACGGCCUACGGAUACCUGUCCUGGUACUGGCGAUCGUAUUCCGGCUGCGAACAACUCCAACAUUGAAGCCUGGUACAGGGACCGGACCGGAUUCCGAGUCCGAAGCGCAAUCUCACAGUUAAGGCCCGCCGAGCCUCUCAAGUUUCUUCUGGCCCCCGCCAGUUCGCAAGCCCCGAACUGGGUGGCAUUUGGUCUCGAUCAUUGUGAGACGAAACAUGAAAACAGCGGGCCCGUCAUCAGAUCCCGCCAGCAUUCUUCAUUCCUUUUGCUGUUGGGUUCUCCUCUAGGCUUUACUACGAAUGCCUACCUAUCUACUGUGCGCUGCCCGAGACCCGUCUUUGGGACGACCUGGCCUGACCAACAUACCGGCCUGGUCUGGCUAGGCAUGGCAUCGGCGGCAUGGCAUGCACAAUCGUCAUUUCAUCCAUUUACACGAUCAGGUCACACGAUCAAGUAUGGAUACGCACAUUGGAAAUACGGCCACUGCGGCUGUCGCUGUUAUCCCGCUGUACUCAAUGCAGCAUUCAUCCUCAUGAUGGGCAAGUCCGGGGUCGGCCUUGAGCGUGCUAGAAAAGACAUUCAUGACGGCGAGCAGCAACGUGACUCUGAAAGUGUAGGGCACGACGGAUACGGAGCACUGAUGCCACACGACAAGCAGAUGCUCGAUGCAUGUGAGGACCGCGACCCCACUUCCAUCGGAGACGUCCUUCCCCUCGAGCUUCCCAGCGUGGUAUGGCACAUCCACGAGGAAGUGCAGCGUGCGGCGUGUGGGACAGGGAUGAUUGCUACGGGGCCAGACAAACGUCCUAAGUACUCGCUACCGCCGAGUCCGGGAAAUAAGAAACGUGAACAGCGCCCAUGCGUGCCCAAAAACCCCCGAACAGGGUUCGGCUGUGCCGCCACGUCGUCCACGAUGGCGCCGCCCGGCGUGGUUGUGGCAGAGAGGUGGCUCUGCCCGUCCGUAGUAGCGCUACAAUACGUUGGCAUACCUUAUUUUCAGGGCUGGCAGGCCGCAGAUGCAGAAAGUGAAGGCAAAGACGCAGGAGUAGGCAGAUGUACCUACACUCGACACAGCAGGAUGAAGCAGCAACGACGAUGCUUUGACUGAGACUCGACAAGAGGUUGGAGAUGGUGACGGCUUUCCAUGAUAUCAAUGUCAGGGCCAUUUCAGCGCUGGUGCAAGCCGCAAAUGAUUCAGUACCUACCCACCUUUUCCUCCCUUUUUUAUUUUUUAUAUUCCGUUGUCUAUUUUUUCCGUCUUGGUGGAGAGAGAGAGAGAGAGAGAGAGAGAGAGAGAAAGAGAGAGAAGAGGGGGUGCUCAUGUGUGAUUUUACCGCUGCUGGGCAGAAAUACGAAUACAUAUUCCGUGCCACUGCAUAGGGACAAACAAGUAGCUAUCUGACUGGGACGUAAGCAGAUGGGAAAAGCGUACGAAAACACAGACGGUACUGUACGAUGUACUCCG